AUGUCGAGGGGAGCGCGCAGCCUGUCACCCCGCACGCCACGGACGCCGCGGCGAGGCCGCGGCGUUCCGCCACUGGUAAGCCGACAGUGUGGGAAUCUCAUGGUCUUCGUGGCAGACCGCUCCCGGCCCCAAGAUGCGGAAAUCGAGUCACCCAAGUCUCCUGGAACCGCUGCAAGCCCGCGCACGCCCGCCUUCAAGCCGCAGAAUCCCAGUCGCUUGCCCGUCGUGCUGAAAGCGGCCGUGGAUGCUGCCAAGGACGGCCCCCCAGAGCAGAAGCUGCAGCAGGAGCAGCAAGAUGUGAACAUGGAGACGGAAGUCGUAAUGGAGGUGGAGAAGGAUCCUUGUGCCACAAAGUGUGAGCCGGAAGCGUCGGAAGCUGGGCGUGCCAUCGCCCGCCAGGAUCAGGAGGCCGGCGACAACCUGCAGAGGGAAGAUGAGGCAUCAAACUGCAAGGAUUCCUGCACAGAGAUCUCAAGUCCCGGCUCAGCUUCACCGUGCUCAUCGGCCAACAGCUCCUGCGAAUCGACGGAUGAGACAGAAGAUGAUGGGCCGAGGCCCUGGCAUUCCGGACUGCCAGGCAUCGGCUUCUUCCCAAUGUGCGCUCCGAUGUUUCCUUCGUUCAGGCACAAAGCCUGGCAGCAUUGUCAUGGGUGGCAGGUGGACAACCUGAAAGCCUGGUACCACGUCGCGCGCCAGCGAGCGCAGCUCCGGGGUGCACCCAAGGCAGAUGAGACUUGCGCCGUGGGCUGCUGCUGCCGCCGCUGUAUUGGCUUUCCUGCAGCAUUCCGUCCGAAGAACGUCGUCGAAGCCACCGAUGCCGAGGAUGCACCUCAAUAUGACGCCAGCGACACGGAAUCGUCGUCCUCAGCCGAGUCUUCCGAUGAUGUCCAGGUGGUCUUCCCGAAGGCAUCUGCGCCGUGCCCGCCCAGAAACUGGCACGCGCCCGUGCUCCGGCGGGGAUAUCGGCCAACCCAGGCCACAGAAGGGGAGCGCAAGGUGUUUUGCUGCAAUCUCAGCCCUGAUGGAACCGCGGCUGAGCUCCAACAGGCCUUCGAGCUGCGAUUCCGCGCGCUGCCUUUGUAUCAAGAGAGGUACCUAGCCAUGGGCAUGGCUGCCUCGGCCGUGCGCCGCGUCGCCAUUCGAGGUGGUGGCACCUACGCGUUUGUGACCUUCUUUGACGAGCAGCUGGCAAGCACUGCGAUGCUGUUUCAUGGUAUGGAGUUCUGCGGCCAGAAAGUUCGGACAUCUCGUCCUACGGACUUCGUUCCUGCACCGGACGGUGCGGUGCCGCCGAUGGAUGUGGGGCCCUUGCGACGCCUGGGGAUGCUCCCGCAGGAGGAUGGAGAUGGCGCACAUCUUUCGAUGCUGCCGCCGCCGCCAAAGGUGAUGAUGCCCCCGCCGCCCGCCGCCCCAGCUCCAUUGACCGAGACGCCGCCUCCCGGAGCGACCACCAAGGCGGCGCCGCCCGCGCCGCCGCAGUCCCUCCAGAGCAUGAGGCACCUCUACCUUGGCAACUUGCCCCCCAGCGAGGACACUCUCCAGGAUGUCACUGAGAUGAUCACGUGCAUCUGCAGCGGACUCCCGGCCUACGAUCCAAACUUUGGACCAGCCAUGUUGGGUGCAGAGGCAGCCAAUGGCGGUGGAUGGCUAGUGGAGAUGCAGAGUCCGGAGCUGGCGCGGCAGGCACAGGGCCACCUGUGCGGAGCCAUCUUCCAAGGACAAAGCAUCACCGCCUAUGUCACCUUCGGCCAGCUCACCACGGCCAGGGCCGGUGGCUGA